GAUUUUCAUCAUUACCCAUGCAGCCUUGAAGACAAAUGUUCAAGUGAGGUGUAUCAUGGCUAGGAAGUGAUAAUGGCGUCCAUGAUGACUUCAAUGUCGUUUGACCUGAGUAGUCGUAAAGAGGUGGACAUCAGUGAUUUACAGGCUCAGGUCAAAGGUCUUCAGUCUGAACUUACACAGUGUCAGGCCGAUAAGGAAUUUGUCUGGUCACUAUGGAAACGACUGCAAGUGUCUAACCCUGAUGUAACAGAGGCCAUCUCAUUGGUCAUACAGAGAGAAAAGGAGAAGGCAGAGGCCAAGGAUUUAAAGGUUCUGGAGAUUCUACAGAUCAAGGAUGAUCGGAUCGAGGAGCUACAGAACAUUGUCUCCAAGCAGACGCAGGAAAUAGGUGACCUCCUGUCAAAGAAGGUUGACCUUCAAGACCAGUGUGGAAGGAUGCAAAUGGAGGUCGAUGCAACUCGGGAGAAAUUGUCAUCAUCUCAGAUACAGAUACAACAGCUUGAAAACCGAGAGAGAAGUAUAACGGACAUACAGCGUCAAAGUAUGGAGAGUUCGGAACAGGAUAAAUAUGGCUUGCAAAGGAAGAUAGUUGAACUGACCUCUGAGCUGGAGGAUGCUAGAUUGGAGAGUCAAGAGAGCAUGUUGCAGAAACGAGACCUGGAGAACAAGAUAAGGACCUUAGAGAGAGAAAUGUCCAGCAAAGUAUCUAAGUUUGAUGACCUUGUCAAAGAUUUUGAAGAUGCUAAAACCCAGGUAUGCCUGCUGACAUCAGAGUCCCAGCAACAACAACGUGAAAUUAACUACAAAAGCCGGGAACUGGAAACCAUUAGAAAAGAACUAGCUGAACUAUGGACAAGCCACAACCAACUAACCGACCACUCUAGCCAACAGGCCCAGCUGAUCCGACAACUUCAGUCAUUGCACCAGGAUACUCAGCGCAUGAUGAAAAAUCAAGAAGAUGCCUUUUCCAUGGAAGCCAUAUCCAUCCAACAGAUGUACACUGACCUAAGUUCUCGGUACGAAAGACUGAAGAAAACGGAGACCGACUUGCGACAUGAGAUAGUAGCACUGAAAAAGGAAUUGCUGGAGAAGGACGACAUGAUAUCUCAGCUCCAGGGGCCGGCGUCGGACAACAAGUACGGCACACUGGGCGGCAGCUUUCUCGAUUUCCAACACGAAGCUGAUCCGGUUGUUGAUUACGAGUAUAAAAUAAGAAACCUGCAAGAAGAGUUGAAGUCACUGAGGAAGAAGCUGCAGGAAAAGGAAAAGAUUAUUUCCCACUUUGAGCAGAUGGACGACCAGUCUGUGAUAUUUGACGUGGACAGGCUGAACAGCCACGAGAGAACUCACUCGACGCCUGCCCGUGUUCUUCACUCACCGAAACUGUCACCGAGACUGACACCGCGGGAAGCACGGGCAUCCACGAGGGAAUGUCAGCUGGCAGUGCUGAGAAGGAAAUUAGCAGACAACGAACACCUGCUUGAAUUGAAGUCGCGAGAGUUGAGCGAGCUCCACAAGGCCCACGCCAAGCGUCUGGAGCGACUCCGAGGUCUGCAGCACAACUACCGCCUGGUGAGGGAGCAACUCAAGACCCUCGAAGAGGAACAAGGCAGAAAGAAGAAGAAGCCCCGUCGGUCGGACCCGCGAGACCUGCAGAAGGAAAACAGUGAUGCGGUGUGGAACGAGCUGGCCUUCUUCAAGAACGAAAACAAGAGCCUGCAGUUAGAAAAGCUGUCGAUGCAAGAAGAGUUGGACAUGCUACAUGUUGAGAUUGCGCAAAAUGCUGCCACUGCGUAUGAGCUUAAAGUGAAGCUAGAACAAGAGAGAGAAGAGUUUGCGUAUCAGUUAAGACGGAAAGAGGUUGACAACAAGGUGAAGAGUGACAUAGAGUCAGAGAUGACCAUUUUGAAAUCUUCUGUUCAAAGUAAGGACAUCUCACUGCAGAAAAUGGACCGGACAUUGCGAGAAAUAGUUAGAGAGAAAGAAAUCCUGUUAGAAGAAAACAGAAAACUGAAGACAGAAAAUGUUCAUGUUCAGCAGGAGUCAGCUCAAUACAGAAUACAGAUUGCUGAUCUCUCGCGCGAUGUACAGAGGUACAAGCGUGACCUUGAUGACUACAGUCAGUCUCGACUGUGUAUUGACCACUUGGUGUCCAGUCAGCAGGGUCGUAAGAUGUAUCAGCCGGAUGUAUCUGUGUCCGAGUCUGCCGUGGACGCCAGGCGGAACAGAUCAACGUCUCGACACACAGCCUACAGGAUUCAGAGACGGAAUCGGUCACGUUUAGCAAGGAAGGAAAAGCAGGUCCAUUACCAAGCAGCCUUAAACCGAAGCAUUGAAAAGAUGUCCUCCAUGUUUGAACACUUUAAUGAAGAAGGAUGGGAGGAGAUCACAGAUACUCCAGGAACGGAAGAAGAUACAGAAAUGACAGAGAGUGAUACACUUGGCCAGACUAUUGUCUCUGUGUCACGACAACACGACAGUACCAACACACGAAACGUCACCAGUUCAGUCAUGCAGGCAGUUGCCAAGAAUCAAAUAAAGGCUAAACAUAACCAGCCCAGACGACGAUGGGUACUUCGUGCUGGUCCUUCAAAGCAAGAAAAGUCUUCCAGCUCAGAAACACUUCCAAGGAGUACCCCUGAACGGGACAUAAAAAUUUUCAGAGACUCUGCCACCUCACCAAUAUCGUUUGCUUCUCCACUAAAAGACAAACCAAAGAAAGCAGUGAUUCCACCGUCUCGACAGAUAGGACCUCUCAAACAGAGAGUAGGAUAUCUACAACAACAGUUGAUCACAUUGCGCAACUCCCGAGCUAAUGCUUUAAAAAAUCUCAGUGAAGAGAAGGAUUCCAACCAGCAGCUAAAGACUGAUUUGAAUCUAGCCAAUCAGAGGAUAAGAUUGGCAAAAGUGACCAUCCAGAAGUUGUCUGGUGAUGUUGAGCGAUGUCAGAAGGAGAAAUCAGAACUGGAGCAGCGGCUAGCAUCACGUGACGAGCUGUCGUCCACGGCGUCCACGCUGCAGGAGAAACACAACGAUCAGGAGUGGAAAGUUCUAGAAGCCAGAUUAAAGGUUUCUACUUGUGAAGUAUCUCGUCAGUCUUCUACGAUUAGAAACUUGAAAACAGAAAAUGAAAGUUUACAGGAUCAGAUUAGAAGCUUGCAGGACAGGUUGAACCACAUGGAGCGAGACAACAACCAGAAGCGCACCCUGGUGGAGAACCACAGAGUGAAGCUCAAACAGCUUCAAGAAUCAGCCAAGAGUGACGCCAACGUCCUGAGUGACCUUGAGACGAAGGUGAAACUACUUACAGAUAAUAAUGACAAAUGUAAAGUCCAGGUUGAGUCACUAAAAAAACGUUUGAGUGUUGUGACGAAGGAAAAGAAAGAAUAUGAAGAACAGUAUCAGAAGAUUAGCGCAGACUUGGAGAAAAAAUCCAAUCAGCUUACCGACUGCCGUGCAAAGUGCUCCGAGUUAGAAAGCGCCAUAUCAGAGUUGGAGCAUGUGACGAAACAGCAACUGCAGGGAUUGGUCAGUCAGAGUGAGGCCGCAAUUGAGACUGCUCACGAGAAGCUGGCUACAUUACAAAGUCGAAUUCUGCAGUAUGAACAGUUUGUCAAGAUGUUAGGAAAUGAACUGCUGCGCAAUGUGCAGCACACCAGGGAGCAGCUCAAACAGACUUUGGCUAAGAAAAAACGAGAGGCUGUCCCAGUGGACUCUUCACUGCAGAAGGCACAGAGCGUGGCAAGGAACAUUCUCAACCUGAGUCAGUCUGACAUUGACGACAUCAUGAGUGCCGACGGUGACCAUGAUGAAGAGAUGGAUUCUGCCUCCGAGAUGGAAAAGAAGAAUGACAAGAAAUGGGCCAAGAAGUGUGAAAAGCUUCUUAGUUCAAAGGAUUUUGUUGCUUCUCUUGUGAAACAUUUUCUUCAAAAGAUUGAUGAGAGGGAGGUACUGGCAGCUGCUGUCAUCGGAUGAUAUUCAGACAUCUGCCGGGCUUUUGGUUGAUACACAAAGUUAUUUGGUGAACAGCUCAGAGGGGACCACUGCCAUUCAGUACGGCAGCCGUUCAUCAUACCAUCCUCUCAGUGUUAGCAUGAACACCUCUCCUACCCAGAUAGCAUCAUUAUGUUGACCCAUUGUUCAUUUUGGUUCAAACAGUCACAGUGUCACAUAAUGAGUGACAGACAUUAAUAGCCAUUUAAGAAAACCACCAGUGAGCCAACGUGGGCUGCCUCGCGAAAUUGUGAGGGUGGGACAAUGAUGAAGUCAUUUAUGAUUUACCACUGGCCCUCCAGCAGCAUGCUGUCUGGGUAGUUGAAAUGCAAUACAACUGUGCAACUGCUAUCUGUGAUAAAUUAUUUAUAUACUC